GGCUUGUUCGAGAAUAAGCUGAGUUCGAGUGAGUCUUUCCACGCAACCAUUUCCAACCCUCAACUGUUCAUGCAGCCCGGUGCCUUCGACAAAGCGCUGCUGUUUUACCUCAACUUCAAGACUGCUUACGCUAUAUUUAACGAUGACAGACAAAAGCUCAACGUUGAAACGGUUACCGCUACUGAAACCUUCAAAAACCGGUUCAAUCUCCCUGAAGGUCCCCCAGUUUUGCCAACCAACACUCAGCUGAAGAUGACAGUGAAGAAUCUAGCCGUGUGUCUGCCAAUCCAGAGAAGCAACGUGACGUCACCAGGCGACGAAUUACUGUCAGCCUCUCAGACUGACCUCGUCAAGUAUUCUGCCAGUGACGGUGCUCUCUCCAUAUCCAUUAAAACAGCCGAAAUGAAGAUGGCAUUCGGAACAAUCCACAAUAACAAGGGACUGUUCAACGACUUUGUUAUCAGGUUCAUUGAUGAGUUCGACGAGAAGAAAUGGAUGGAAAACGCUGUACCACGGAGUAGUGAGAAGGAAAUGAACUCCAUAGCUGUAGAUUCGGGUAACUACGACUACACCACCCUGACCACCUCACCCACCGUGACCAACAAGGAGACUGGGUUAGAAGGGGAGCAGUCUGGGAAGAUGACAGUUGGAGUGAACAGUGAUAUCAAGGGUGUCAACAUCCAUCUCAGCACCAACAUCAUCACCAAGUUAGUGGGUCUGUACAAGACCCUGACCUCUAUAGUUGGGACUGACGACCCUAAGGACGGCAGUAUCGAGCUUAUUGAUGAGACAGAGUUGGUUAAGAACCUGGGUGUUGAGUCCGCUGAGAAGGGGCAGUUUGAUGAGGAGCAAGCUGUUAAGAUCUGGAAGAGAACUGCUUUACAUGCAGACAAGAAGGAUAAUAAGCUUGAGCGAACUACGAGCGGUGGAAAACGGAAAAAGCCCCCAAUCAGUGAUACUGUGGUCAAAGAGAAAAAACCUGAUGAGGUGAGCAUGUUUUCAACUAGAACUUCAAGAUCUGUUCUCGGGAGGAAGAGAGCAUAAGUAGUGUCAGCUCAACUCUGGCAUCUCAAUCUCUAGAACCACCCCUUCUCGAGUUUGAAAUGGACUUAGACCUUCGACUGGGGAACGGUAAGAUAACGCUGUACCCCACGUCAAAAUCAGAGGACAGUUUCUCCAAAAAAGGAAGAUUUCAGAGAUUUAACGAAUCACAAGACUUUGUCACGGAUAAUACAGAGUUCCUGAUCCCUGAAACUAAAUGUGAACUCCACUACUCGUCCACCAAGCUCACGGAGAAAAGUAGUGCUUAUCCCAACUCGACUGGCGGGGUUGGCACCUCCGCCACUUCCAGAGUAUCUGCUGAUACAGGCACAUCCAGCAGCGACGAGAGUGGGAGCAAGGCUAUCAAGACAGGCUCACUUUACUCGACUGUACGGAUACUGUCUUUAAAGCAGGACCAGAUCAUCAGACCUUGUCUCUUGGAGUACCUCGACCAGCUGCUCUCCAAAGAUAAAAGCUUUGGAUCUCCGAGCUCAGCAGCGGGCGCUCUACAGACCUUCAUUCCUAAUGAAAUCGAGGAAAUCUUUAAGGAUCCUAAAAGGUCGAAGGCAGCGAUAGAAGAAGCUAAAGCGUCCCCGACACCUAGCUCAGAGCAUUCCUCCUCCUACAAGCAGGGUCCUACUGACACCUUCCCAAUAGACAUCAUCAUAAUGGUCAUGAAUGAGCCCAGUACUAUAAAACUGAGCUGUCAGCCCUACUCGAGACAUGAGUGCUCUCUAGUGGUGCCCCGGAGCUGCUUCCUUCUCUCCACCAAGGGAACUCCCUCUCAGACCCUUCUCUCUGCUGCUACUGGCAGGAAGGAGGUGCCUAUAGUGAGGGAUGGAACUACGAGCUGCUGGAACCUGACCUGGUGUCUGGAACAGUGUAAACUCAGCCUCUAUCACCCUCUCAGUGCUAUGUCCAGUUAUCAACAGUCUCAGAGUCUGCCGAGCCGAGCUGAAGUGAGAAACGCGCUCAGUGUCACUAUAGGAGGUGGGAAUAUUGCUGUGACACGGAUUACAACUCCUAAAGAACUCACGAACUCAGAAGGCACAGCUAUCCCGGGACACAAUCCAAAGAAGCUAAUAGCGCACGUGAGCUCCAUGCUCGACAUCGGUAAGAUAGCCCUGACAUACGACAUCAAGCGGAUGGACGAAGUUGAGUCAUUCCACAACGCGUGGCUGAGUGGACAGUUCAUAAAGAGGUUGUUGUUGUUGUCUAGACCGGUUGGAGAGGGUGUCUCCCCGGAUCCAGCCAGUCCUCCUCUCUCUCCUACUUCUCAGGCUACACCCCUCACCAGGAGUGACAGGUUUUAUUCGACGUACGAGAAGCCCAGCUCAGAGGCAUUCUACACCUUACCACGUCGUGACAAAGAACCACUGCGGGACAUCAAAGAAGAACUCUCCAAGCCACUGUCACCCGGACCCACCGUCAAACCUCCUGUCACUGGCCCUGCUUCAACUGUAACCACCAAAUCCUCAGACACCAACGAGACAGAAAUAGCAGAAACAAACCUGACACUAGCCAUAAACUCGCGCGAAAUAACCCUCACCACCAACCUGGGACACACGCUAGGUCGCAUCAACAUCUCCAUGUCCAACUCCAUGAACAGCACAACACUCUGCCUCAAAGAGCGGCACAACGAGCGCCGCAAAGUGGACAUUCUGUUCGGCAAAGUGCUGCUGGAAUCAACAGCUGGUCUGAUAACUGGACAGGUGAAACUGGAGAACCUGGCCGGGAUAUUCGAGCACUGUAUCUCUCCAGAUGUAGCACCCACCCACUCUCUCAAAGUUUACUUUGAGUGCUAUGAGAACAAACUAGAGUACCUGAGUAACUGUAUCCACAUGUUGAGGAUAACAGGCUUCUGUACGGAGUUGACGGACCAUUGGAAGGAGAAGGAGGGAGACCUUCAGCUAAGUGUGGGAGGUUCCAUCAGCUGGGACCUCAUCCAGAACAUGAUGAAUUGUAAUACUGCUCCUAACCUUCUUCAGAUAAAGGCUCAUCUGGACGAGUUUAUAUUGCACCAGAAAAAGUACUCUCAGCGAACAUAUCUGAAACUGUUGAACCUGGAGCCGGAGGAGAAGGAACAGCAGGCCAUACCUCUGAAACAGUACGAGUUAGAGGCCCAAGUUCUGGCGCAUCACUGGUUCUGGGCUGUGGACCCUCACUCCACCUUCGAAAGCAUCAAGGUUUUGUUGGAGAACGGACAGUUCCUGAAGCCGUUGAAGCUAGGAGGUUCUCUGAAGAUCAAAGGAGAGCAGUUCUCUGUGGCACUGUUUCAGGGUGAGAAGUUUAGGGAUGACACGUGGGCGCUGAUUAACCUCAACAAGAUUGGAAUGAGAUACGAUACCCAGGUCGAGCAACUCAUAAAGGGCACACAUACCAGUCGUGUAACCAAACAACAAGCAGUCAUUGUGAUGGGUAACUUUGAACCUGACGAGUUCUCUUCUCUCAAACUUAAAGCUCCGGAAAACAACAUUGGACUUGUGGAGAAGUGUGUGAGAAGCACGAAGCUGUCACCUCCGGAAAGGACGGAUGACAUCAAGAAGUGGCUGCAGUACGCCUGUACUCACGACUUUGCUCACGGAAAUCCAGAUAAAGAGCGAAAGACAAGAGCCACGAUAUUUGGAGGAGGUAGUGUGGAGUUUUCUACAAUAUUUCAGUUACCGGAAAUGAAGCUGAAUCUGACGACGGAUCACAACUGGGAUGGUGCCGAGACGGGAAGUCCCACUUCCAACCGGAGCAUGCACCACUUACCUGUACCCAUAGUCAACUGUAGACUCAGAUCACACUUUAGAGGGAGCAUAGGACUAGCAACAAACGCGGGAAACUACUUCUUCCUUCACGACUUAGCGCAACGUUACACCAAGAAAAUGGAAAUAUACAUGGACGCAAACCCUAUCUUCGCUUUCGAGAAGAAGCCCUCCCAAACGAAUGUAGCCUCCUCCGGGUCGAGUGAAACUGCAGAAUCUACUGAGGAGACUCAGAAAUACGCCCGAGAGUUUGUAUGCGACGAGUGGGAACUGAAACCCCCUCUCCGACUGCAAGGGGGCGGCAAAGUAGAGGUAAACGUGGACUGGGUCCUCAACAAACUAGGUUUCAAGAACCCUACAGUCACUAUCCCCAAGUGGAUACAGCGAGGCCCCAUGGACCCUUUAGACUAUUUUAUCAGCGGUUUGGUUAAGACUCUUGUGUUUCAGCAGGCUGAAAUAGUGGCCGAACUUAAAAGUUUGAAGAAAUCAUGAUAGUGACUUGGUUAGUUGUCACUGCAGUUUACUGGUUCUUUAGCGGUUAAAUCUGAAUCCCAAUCUCCUGUACAUGAAAGAUACUAAGAUCCUAAACAAAACGUUUCUAGCAUUACAUUAACUAAGUUGCUUGAUUAGUUAUGUUAACAGUGCUUAGUGUAAAAAUUAGGCACAGUUAAUUAACAUCUUAUAAGAAGCUACCUGGGGUCGAAAAAGAAGGUUAAAAUUUGUCCUUCACACAAGUUUGAACGUUAUUGUUACCUGUUAUCGUUAUACGUUGCAUUUAGGAAUUGACUGGUCGAUGAUUGUUAUUAAACAAUACUUUUUUGUUAAAUUAUUUUUACAACUUUAUGUGCUAUUAGUUCGAUGUUUGAUUCAGACUUGGUCUCUGCUUGUGAAUGUGAAUUGGAACAGAAUUUACUUUUGAUUUUUAAUCUUAGAAUAUUUUCGAAUUAUUGUUGAACAAAGUAUAGUUAAAAUGGGUUUGAUUGUCAUUUGUUUUUGAAAAUUGUUAUAUACAGUUGGUAGUUACUAAUUUCAUAAUUUACUAACUCUUGCUUAUUAGUAAUCGUAGGAAGAACUAGCUUUUGUUGUUACUCAUGGUUUUGUCUGUAGUUGAGAACAGCUUUGUAAACUAUAAGUUAAUAUGUUAAUUUUCUAAUAUUCACGAAAAUGUUCCCAUUUUUCUAUCAUUACUUAUACUAUUCAAGUGAUGAGAGGAUUCUAUAAUAGUCACAGUUUGCUCAGAUCUGUUAUGAUACAGUAAAACCCUUGUUUCUAUUUAUUGCGCCCGCGUCUGUUCCCCUUUCUCCAAAUUAUGAUUAUUCUGAAUCUUAUUGGAAAGAUUGAUCAGAAAUGCUCUCUCCCUCUCUUAUCUCUACAGUUGCUCUGUAACGAGGAUCAGAUGAUAGUUGAUAAAUCAAGCUAUUAAUUAUUUUCUCUCCCCCAAAGCCCGCUGUAAUCGUGGUUUUACUGUAUAGAUACGAUGUGUUAGACUGUAAACUGACUGUCAAACUUUAAAAUUUAAGUAUAAGAAAGGACGACACAAACUAAAUGUAUGAUAUUUGGUGCCUAAUUUUGAUUCUGUGCAGCCAAAUAAAUGUUUUGUUUUCUUUUAUGUUGACGGACUUCGAAUUUAUAAAUAUGGUACUUGUAGUUUUUCAAUUUAACUAAUUCCGUUAUUGUA